GGUGGGACCGGCGAGAGGGGCGGCCGUGGGGCCCGGCCGGGCUGGGGCGGGGGGCCGCAGCCAUGAUCCGGGCCUUCUCGUUCCCGGUGAGCCCGGAGCGGGGUCGGCUGCGGGGAUGGUUGGAAGGCAGCCUGGCCGGGCUCUGCGAGUUGCAUUGGCUCCGAGAGAGGCAGGAGUACCGCGUGCAGCAGGCGCUGCGGCUGGCCCAGCCCGGGAUGGGGGGCACCGAGGCUGAGGACGAGGAGGACGCCGAGGAGGACGAGGAUGCGGCAGCGGCGCGCAGGGCCGCGGCGGCCCUGGAGGAGCAGCUGGAGGCCCUGCCUGGGCUCAUCUGGGACCUGGGCCAGCAGCUGGGGGACCUGAGUCUGGAGUCUGGGGGUCUGGACCAGGAGAGUGGGCGCAGCUCAGGCUUCUAUGAAGACCCCAGUUCUACCGGAGGUCCAGAUUCACCACCCUCUACCUUUUGUGGGGACAGUGGCUUCUCCGGAUCUGGCUCCUAUGGACGCCUGGGUCCCUCGGACCCCCGGGGCAUCUAUGCCAGUGAGAGACCCAAGUCCCUAGGUGACGCCAGCCCCAGCGCCCCAGAGUCGGUGAGCGCCCGGGCAGCGGUGCCUCGCUCCUUCUCAGCUCCCUACCCGACAGCAGCGGGCCCCGAGGCCUGCUCAUCGGCGGAGCGGCGUGCGCGCGCGGGGCCCUUCCUGACGCCCAGCCCGCUGCACGCGGUGGCGCUGCGCAGCCCACGGCCCAGCGGACGCGCGCCCUGCGGCUCCCCGGACGGGGCGGCCGGCCGGCCCCUGGACGGCUACAUUUCGGCGCUCCUGCGCAGGCGCCGCCGCCGGGGGGCGGGCCAACCGCGUACGAGUCCCGGGGGCGCGGACGGGGGCGCGCGGCGCCAGAACGGCGCGCGCCCGCGGCCGCCCGAGGCGUCCCCGCCCCCCGGGGGCGCGCGACCCGCGCGGGAGCCGUCGACGGAGCGCGCCUGGGCCACGGCGUGGGAGACGGAGGUUGCGCCCGAACCUGCGCCUCCGGCCGCCGCCUCGCCGCCCUCCAGCCCGGCUGAGGGUCGCCUCGUGAAGGCCCAGUACAUCCCGGGCGCCCCUGCAGCCUCCAGGGGCCUUCCGGGGCGCGCCGCGCGCCGCCGGGCUCCACCGCUCACGCGAGGUCGCAGCGUGGAGCAGUCCCCGCCGCGGGAGAGGCCACGAGCCGCGGGCCGUCGGGGCCGCCUGGCCGAGCCGUCGGGGCGUCGGGGAUCGCCGAGGGCGCGUAAAGCGGCGCGCUCGCAGUCGGAGACCAGCCUGCUGGGCCGCGCGCACGCCGCCCCGCCGCCGCCCAAGUACCCCACGGCCGAGCGCGACGAGCCCCGGCCGCCCCGGCCCCGGCGCGGCCCCGCGCCCACGCCCACCGUCCAGGCCUGCCGUCGGUGGCGCUCCACCGCGGAGAUCGACGCGCCCGACAGCCGCCGCGCCCGCGCCCCCCGCGCGCCCGCGCCGCGCGGCCCCGCGCCCUCGCCGUCCGCGCCCUCGCGCCGGCUGCUGUACGGCUGCGCGGGCAGCGACUCCGAGUGCUCGGCGGCGGGGCGGCCGGUGCCGCUGGGCCGUCGGGUGCCGUCGUCGUCGGGGUGCGGCCCCGGGGGAGGUUACGGCGAGAGCGAGUCGAGCGCUAGCGAGGGCGAGUCGCCCGCCUUCAGCUCCGCCUCCAGCGACUCCGAUGGCAGCGGGGGCCUCGUGUGGCCGCAGCAGCUGGUGGCGGCCGCAGGGGCCUCGCCGUCGGGGCCCGGGGGUGCGGCCGGUGUUGCGACCCCCGCGGGCCCCGCCAAGGUCUUCGUGAAGAUCAAGGCGUCGCACGCGCUGAAGAAAAAGAUCCUGCGUUUCAGGUCGGGCUCUCUGAAGGUCAUGACGACUGUGUGAGUUGGGGGGAGGGGAGGGGCCUGGGAACCCACCUCCAUGGCCCUGCACCCACGCUUCUCAUCCUCCACCCCUCCACCCCCACCUUCCAAAGACCACCGGUCUUCUCUGCUUCCAAAGACCCUCCUCACUCACUGCCCGCCGUCCAUGGCCGCCCCGAGAGGCUGCCCCUCUCCCCCCACUGAGAGGCGCCCAGAUGGUCCCAGAACAGCUGGUUUUCAAAGCCUUGGGCCAGAAAGUGCCCCCUCCGUGGGCCUCGCUCUCCCCAUCUGUACAAUGGAUGUCCAUGUUUGCAAAGGCAGUAAUUCUGUUCAGGUGCCCCCCCACUCCCUUUUAGUUUAGAAGCUUAGUGUGUUCCCUCUCCAUUUCCCUCAUAUAGCUUUGUCAUUCCUCUUUUCCUGGCCCAGAUAGGGCUCCCUUCUCAUUCACAAAGUGCCCCCUCCAUGUCCCUGGACCCUUAGGAUAUCCCCUGGGGCCCCCGGGUGGGUCAGAGACUGUCUGACUCAGGUUAUGCCCGCAGAGUGCCCUGGAAGAAGUGGCACUGUCUUAGGGGCUUUGAGGGUCACGUAGGAGUUGCCAACACCUGGAAAAGGACUCUUUCUGCUCCAUCCCUGGACAUUUAUGGAGGAUUGGGAGGUUAGAGAGAGGAAGGAAGAUGGUUUCAAUCUCGUCUCUCUCCCUGUGGGGAGUGGGGGAAGCUGUUCCAAUCCAUGGGUUUUUUUUUUAAUUUGUUUGUUUUUUUAUUUUAAAAAAAUACUGUAUUUAUUAUGACAAUGGUGACUCCCCAGUGCGUGGGGGGCCAGAUUCUGUGUGUUUCUCUAACCUCUUUGUAAAUAAAUGCACAAUGUUACAUA